GACUCUAGAAUCCGCCGCUGAUAGUACUGGAUCAGAGGUCUGUAUGUAUGGUCGACCAAAUAGUCAAUCCGUAUAUCAUAUCCUUCCUCGACCUUCUAUAAUCAGACGGAUGCCUCGUGGCUCUGGCUUCUGGGCAUUUAGGGGCUCACACGUGCGUUGCGUGACCAAAGCGCUCUCCUCCAUCAACUCGUGCGCUGUCAACCAUGUCGUUGCGGCAAAAGGCUGAAGCUCUCAGGCAAAAGAUCGAUAAUCUCCUUGUGGCGGGAGUUGAUAUGGCGGUUCCGAUUCUCAGGGUUGUCAAUGCUACCGCUGAUUGGUGUCCCCCUCUGAGGAUGGCGACUGGCGGUGCACUCUCCAUCCUCGACGAGGUUAAAAAGUUCAAGGGGAACAAGAAACAAUGGGCUGAUUUUGGUGAAUACGUAGCUAGCACUAUGGCUCGGGUAGUUUCAGCCAUAAAGUCUUAUGAUGUGUCAACGAAAGAGGCAACGUCAUGGGUGGAGGGUGUCACAGAGCUUGCGAACGCACUACAGGAGAUCCGGUCCAAAAUUGAACGAAGAGAUAGAAAAGUAGAGGAACGGUCAGCUGUAAGAAAUGCAUGGUCCCACUAUCGAGACCCAGGGAGAAUCGAGGACCUAAAGAGAGACUUUGACAAAGCGUUGACAUCAUUUCAGGUAGCUUUCCUCACGGCAUUCCAUAAUCAUUCUGAUGUUCGGUCGGUGUAGCUUAGGACGAAUUUAACAAUUGGUGUCAAAUUAUCGACCAUAGAGGACAGCUUAGGCCGGCUGGAGAGUGACCCAAUCCUUGAU